GAGGACCUGCUCAAGCUCGCGCUCCUCCGCAAUGGGCCCGUCGCCGUAGCCAUGAACUCCGAGGGCAUGGACUUCUACGUCCACGGCGCCGGCUCCAUCGACGAGCACAAGCACUGCGACCCUGACACGCUCGACGUCCACGCGCUCCUCGUCGGAUACGGCGAGCAGGACGGCCUCCACUACUGGGUCGUCAAGAACGCCUGGGGCGACAUGUGGGGCGAGGACGGCUACUAUCGCGUAGUCAGGGGCGUGAACCACUGCGGCAUCGCCAACUUCGCCACGCACUCCGUGAGCAAG